AUGGCCGCAUCCAACCCCGUCACCAGGUUCGAACACGACCCGCCCGAAUCCCGCACCUUCGCCCGCCAGCACGAGCUCCCGAAGCUUCCCAUACCAUCGCUCGACGACUCGCUCCGCAAGUAUCUCACUGCGCUCGAGGGCCUGCAGGAUCCCCGCGAGCACGCCGAGACGCGCCGUGCCGUCGAAGACUUCCUACAUAACGACGGCCCGCGCGUACAAGAGAAGCUCAAGGAGUACGCACAAGACAAGGCUAGCUACAUCGAGGAGUUCUGGUACGAGUCGUACCUCUCACACUCCGAUCCAGUGGUCCUCGCCCUCAACCCCUUCUUCGUACUCGAGAACGACCCUACCCCAGAUCGCGGCCAGCAGCUGCCGCGAGCCGCCUCCCUGAUUGUGUCGUCGCUGGGUUUUAUACACGACCUCCGCGCGGGCAUCCUCGAAGCCGACUCGGUGCGCGGAACCCCACUCGAUAUGGACCAAUACACAAGACUUUUUGGCACAGCCCGGAUACCCACUCAGCGGGGUUGUAAGAUGGAGACGCACCCAGAGUCUCGGCACAUCGUUGUAUUGCGCCGCGGGCAGUUCUAUUGGUUCGACGUGCUGGACGCCGAGAAUCGGCCGGUGCUGACCGAGCGCGAGAUUUUGAGAAACCUGCAGGCGAUUGUCGGCGAUGCUGACCAGAUGCCCAUACAGGAGGUUGCGCGGAAUGCCAUUGGGGUGCUCUCGACGGAGAACCGGAAGGUGUGGUCGCAGCUCCGGAGCGCGCUCACCAAGAACAAGAAUAACGAGUCAUGUCUGGACGUCGUCGACAACGCUCUCUUCGUCGUCUGCCUGGACGAUACUGCACCCGAGAACCUCGCCGAGCUGUGCGACAACUUCCUCUGCGGAACGUACGACCUGAAGGGCGGCAUCCAAGUCGGGACGUGCACCAAUCGGUGGUACGACAAGUUGCAAAUCAUCGUCUGUGCAGAUGGCGCUGCUGGUAUCAACUUCGAGCACACCGGUGUCGAUGGGCACACCGUGCUGAGGUUUGCCGCGGACAUCUUCACCGAGGGCCUCAUGCUCCUCGCACGCUCCAUCAACCCGUCCGCGCCCACCCUUUUCCACGCUCCCCUCUCGCCGUUCGCGAAGUCUUACAAGCCCCCGCGCGGACACGGGCACUCCAAGGAACAGUCGCCUGCACCGUCGUACGUGAUCGACACGGCGCCGAAGAAACUCGAAUGGACGCUAUACCCGGAGCUGCGCGCGGGGAUCCGGUUCGCCGAAACGCGCCUGAGCGACCUGAUUUGCCAGAACGACUGCCAAGCGCUCGAGUUCAAGACGUACGGAAAGAACUUCAUCACUAGCCACGGCUUCAGCCCGGACGCGUUCGUGCAGAUGGCGUUCCAGGCGGCGUACUACGGGCUGUAUGGGCGCAUCGAGUGCACGUACGAGCCGGCGAUGACGAAGGCGUUCUUGCACGGACGCACGGAGGCGAUCCGGACUGUGCAGCCGCACACGGUUGAUUUCGUGAAGACAUUCUUUUCCGAGGCGCCCAAUACACAGAAGGUUGCCGCCCUUCGCAAGGCAUGCCAGGGGCACGUCCAACUCACGAAAGACUGCAGCAAGGGUCUCGGACAAGACAGACACCUGUACGCGCUCUACUGCCUGAUGCAGCGCGAGCGCGAGAAGGAGUACCAAAGCGCGGUCGCGAGCCAGUACGAGGAGGACGAGGGCCGGCCGCAGUCGCCGGCGAGCGCGACGUCGAGCGGGAGCAGCGCGCUCGCGAACCGGCCGCCGCUGCCCGCGAUCUUCAACGACAACGGCUGGCACAUCCUCAAUCGCUCCAUCCUCUCGACCUCGAACUGCGGAAACCCCGCGCUGCGCCUGUUCGGGUUCGGGCCCGUCGCUGCGGACGGGUUCGGCAUCGGGUACAUCAUCAAGGACGAGGGCAUCUCGGUGUGCGCGUCGUCGAAGCACCUGCAGACGCGGCGCUUCCUGGACACGCUCAAGGGGUACCUGCACGACAUGCAGCGCAUGCUCAUCCAGCUGCACCUCUCCGCGAACCAGCGCGCGGAGCCGUUCGUCGACCACGCUGGGGUGUUGCGCGACUCGAAGACGGGCCGGCCCAUCAACGGCCACCGGGGAAGCGCGGACGGCGCGGGCGCGUACGACGACGAGGACACCAUGCCAGCGGGAUAUUCGUUCUUUGACAGCGGGGAGAUCGAGCUGCUUGGCCGCAGGAAGAGCCGGCCGUCGUACUACAACACGGGCAAGAUCAUUCCUAUGGCGGAGUACUGAGCGACUCCGCUACACGUCGACUCGGUUAUGUUCUGAGGGAUGUAGGCUAACACAUUUGGAGAAUCGUUUGUACAAACUAUUGGAUGACGUGUUGUACCAGUAUUUGUAUACCUACUGCUCCUUAUAACUUCUUGUACUUUCUUGUUGUAUUGUACCGUCCAUAACUCUACCUAUGUACGACCGGAUGUCAAUAUAUGAUCUAGCAAACUUAUAGCAUCC